AUGGGGGUGGUGGUGAGAGAGAGGAAGGGGUUUUCUUUCUCCGUUUCUCUUAUCGCCGCUCUUCGUUUUCUCCGAUGGAUUGUUCUGCCCUCCACGUGUGCGUGUGCACGGGUUUGGUUAACGAUACCCGUCCCUAAACCCCAACCGAGCCUAGAAGAAGAGUCCGCGGUCCAUGGCGGCCCGGCGGCGGCGGAAUCCGGGCGGAGCUCGGCGGCCGAUCUGCCCCUGGCAUCCCCUUCUGUCGAGUCGAGUGGUCCUUCCUCUGCACCGGCUGCGCCGCCGUCGUCCUCGGUUCCAACUGGAUCGUCGGUGUCCACAAACCCUAACCCUAGGCUCCACACCCAUCCCUGUCCCUACGCCUACCCUUACCCGGUCCCCAACUCUAACCCUAACGCCGGCGGCGACCCCAACCACGUCCUGCAUCUGUCGUCCGAUGAGGAGGGCCCCUCCGCCGGCGAUCCCGAUGACGGUGCCAACGGGGUGGCGGGUUCCAGCGACGGCGGGGGAAAGCGGAGGCGGCGGUCGGCCGGCCUUGCGGCGCCCGGCGGGCGGGUGGCGAGCGUGAUGAGGUACAAGGAGAAGCGGAAGAGCCGCAAGUUCGAGAAGACGGUCAGCUGGUUCGAGACCCGGAAGGUGUACGCGGACCUUAGACCCGGAGUCGACGGGAAGUUCGCCAGGCCGAACGCCGGCGGCGGCGAGGCAAGGCCAGACUCCGGCGAGGAGGCGAGGGCAGAUGUUGGUGCGCCGGGGGACAGGCCAGAUGCUAAAGAGAAGCUGAGGUCGGAUGCAAGCGAGGAGGUGAGGUUGAAUUCGAGAGACAAGGUGGGGCUGCCGGAGGCGGCAGAAGAGGAAUUGGGGCAGUUGGAUGUUGCUGAUGAAGUGAGGUUGGUUUCAUCGUGAGAAAACUUUCCCAAGAAAAGUGAGACAGAAUUUUCCUUGUUGCAUUGGUAUUUGUAGUAUUGCUGAUAAUUGGUUUGUCCAGACUUUGUGACAUGGAUCAACAGAAAAGGAGUGAGAAACGAAACAAUCAGGUUGGGACGUCACAGGCAAGGGUUAAUCUGGAAGCUGGCCAAUCUUGGACUCAUGCUCCAAAAUUGGACUUCCCUUGCUUCAGUGGUGAUGAAUUGGAAGCCUGGUUGGUCAAAGUAGAUUACUACCUUGAGGUCACAAACAUUUUGUAUGAAAAUAGAGUGAAAUGAGCGGCUUUGCACUUAGAAGGGAAAGCACUGUUGUGGCAUCAGAGUUACAUUCGUAUUAAAGGUCAAGUUGCAUAUGAGAAUUGGGAUACUUAUGUCCAGGGUUUAAGAUCCAGAUUUGGGGCUCAAGUUUUUGAUGAUCCACUAGCAGAUCUCAACAACUUGAGGCAGGUUGGGAUCUUGCAAGAGUAUUUAGACUCUUUUGAUAUGUUGUAUCCAAAAGCUGGUAUUGGGGAAGAUCAAGCCCUAAGUUUCUUUUUGACUGGAUUGAUGGAUGAGUUGCAGAUGCCGGUACAUAUGUUUAAGCCUCAAAGUUCAUCAGAAGCUUACUCAUUAGCAAGACUUCAAGAAAUAACCAUAGCAGCCCUCCAAAACAAACCGAAACCUAUAACCAAGCCCACCCCUUAUCAGUCCUCUACCACUAGUUACAAAUCUUUAAUUCUUGUUGUUACUAUCCAGAAUCCAAUUCAACCUGCUGUAUCCAAACCAACUGUCAAUAAAGAAACACCUGUAUUGCUGUUAAACCCUAACAUGUCCAAAUUACCAACCAACAAUUUCAAGAACCUGAGAUUAACUUGUAAGGAAUUAAAUGAGAGAAGGGAGAAGGGGUUAUGUUUUUGGUGUGAAGAAAAGUAUGUGCCGGGUCACAAGUGUAAAAGAAAGCAAGUUCUUAUGAUGCAAUUACAAGUUGAUGAAGGGGAAGAAGAGGAGGAUGUUGCAGAAGAUGAUUUUCCUAUUCAGGAGCUGUAGUUGUCAUUGAAUGCUCUCAGGGAACUCAGGGUGUUCAGACCAUGUACAUUAGAGGUCUAUGUGGUAAACUACAAAUUCACAUUCUAAUAGAUACUGGAAGCACCCACAAUUUUCUUAGUUUGCAAGUUGCUAAGAAAAUUAAGUGUCAAUUAGAAGAAGUUACUGAUGUGUUAGUGGACAUUGCAAAUGGUCAAAACAUGCAAUGCUAAUUCAAGUAUAAAGAUUUCUCUUGGCAAAUACAAUAUCAGAAUUUUAUGACGGACGUAUAUGUGUUACCCUUGGACAACUAUGAUCUCAUUUUGAAAACUCAAUGGUUAGCUACUCUUGGAGAAAUACUGUGGAAUUUUUAGACCUUGUAAAUGAAAUUUAAAGCCGGAAAUGUUGAACAUGUUUUAAAUGGUGAAUGUACUCAGGUGUUGGAAAUGGUUAGUGGGAAACAGCUGAAUAAAAUGGUGCACAAGAUUCAUCAGUUAGCUUUCAUGCAAUUGUUGGUUCAAGAGGAAAGCUCUUUGCUGAAGGUUCAUUCCUUGUAUGCUAUUUCAGCCUCUUUAUCCAAUAAAUGGCCUGAACUUCAGUAGUUAUUGCAUAAUUUUGAGGAUGUCUUUGCUGAACCAAAGGGCUUGCCACCUAAAAGAGCUUAUGAUCACAAAAUUGUCCUUAAGGAGGGAUCUCAGCCUAUUAAUAUCAGGCCAUAUAAGUAUGCAACUUUACAAAAGGAUGCUAUUGAAAAGAUAAUACAGGAGAUGUUAGAUGCAGGGGUUAUUCAGCAUAGCACCAGCCCUUAUUCAAGUCCUGUUGUUUCGGUGAAAAAGAAAGAUGGAACUUGACGUAUGUGCAUAUAUUACAGGUCCCUCAAUUCCCUUACUAUGAAGCAUAAGUUUCCUAUACCAGUCAUUGAAGAGUUUUUGGAUGAAUUGGGCCAAGCUGUGGUAUUUUCUAAACUUGACCUCAGAUCUAGUUAUUGGCAAAUUAGAAUAGAUGAUGCAGAUGUCCAUAGAAUAGCUUUUCGUACUCAUGAGAGCCAUUAUGAGUUUUUGGUCAUGACCUUUGGGUUGACCAAUGCUCCUUCAACUUUCCAGUCACUUAUAAAUUCAGUUUUCAGAUCUUUUCUGAGGAAGUUUGUACUAGUAUUUUUUGAUGAUAUAUUGGUGUAUAGCUCCAACAAUACUAACCAUAUUAAGCAUCUGGAAUUAGUGUUACAAGUUAUGAGGAAGAACCAGCUAUUAGCAAAGUUUAGUAAAUGUUCUUUUAGCUAUUCUGAGAUUGAAUACUUGGGGUACUUUAUUUCAGCUAGGGGAGUUUAAACAGAUCCAGCAAAAGUCGAAACUAUUAAGCAAUGGCCAGUCCCUAGAACACUUAAGCAGCUCAGAGGUUUCUUGGGACUAACUGGUUACUACAGAAGAAUUGUGUAGCAUUAUGGUCACAGUGCUAGGCCAUUAACUGACCUUUUGAAGAAGGAAGCUUUUCAUUGGACUAAACAGGCACAAGAAGCUUUUGAGUUGCUCAAGGCUGUUUUGAUCAAAACACCAGUUUUAGCUUUACCAGACUAUUCUAAAGUCUUUAUUGUAAAGACUGAUGCUUCUGGAGGAGGUAUUGGUGCAGUUCUCAUAUAAGAUGUCCAUCCAUUGGCUUUCCUUAGCAAGCCACUUUCUCUUAAGCACCAGCAGUUAUCUGUAUAUGAUAGGAAAAUAUUGGCCAUAUUACAAGCUAUUAAAAAGUGGGAGUAUUACUUACUUCCCAAGAAGUUCAUCAUCAAAAUUGAUCACCAACUUUUAAAGUACCUGGUAGAUCAAAGACUAACUACCCCUACUCAGCAAGUUUGGCUUGCUAAGUUGCUUCAAUUUGAUUUUAAAAUCUGGUACAAGAAGGGCAAAGAGAAAACAAUAGCAGAUGCAUUGUCAAGGUGUGCCAGUGAGCUAUAUGCUUUGAGUACUUUAAUGUUGACAUCUGAACUGUUGGAUCUUAUCAAACAGACCUGGAUAACUUAUUCAAGUUUAUAGAGGUUAUUUGCAGAGUUGCAAGUUAAUCCUGCAUCUCAUACCACUUAUACAUAUUAUUCAGGACAAUUAAGAAUGAAAGGAAAAUUUGUGGUGGGAGCUAAUGAUGCACUUAAGGCCCAGUUGCUUUAGUUGUUUCAUAAUUCUUCUCUUAAUGGUCAUUCUACUAUACAGGCUACUGCUAAGAGAAUAUCAGCUAUGCUCUAUUGGCCUGGAUUGUGGAAAUCAGUUCGCAAUGAUAUCAGAUCAUGUGAAGUUCGUCAAAAAUAUAAAUAUGAAAAUAUGGCCUUAUCGGGUUUACUUCAGCCAUUGCCGGUACCUCAGGGGCUUUUUACAGACCUUACAAUUGACUUCAUUGAAGGAUUACCCAGGUCUCGAGGGAAUUCAGUCAUUUUUGUUGUUGUUGAUAGGCUAACUAAGUUUAGUCAUUUCUUUAGAUUGGCAUAUCCUUAUACAGCUCAGAGAGUAGCUCAAGUAUUCAUGAAUGGAGUAUUCAAGCUCCAUGGUAUGCCUCAGACCAUAAUCUCAGAUAGAGAUCUAGUGUUUCUUAGUACUUUCUGGAAGGAGCUGUUUUCUUUAUAGGGUGUGGCAGUAUAGUAUCCUACUGCAUACCAUCUCCAGACUGAUGGUCAGUCUGAGGUAGUGAAUAGAUGUUUGGAAUCUUACUUGAGGUGUGCAAUAGGCGAAGUACCACAUUCUUAGAUGGAUUGGUUAUCGCUUGCUGAAUAUUGAUAUAAUACCAAUUAUUAUACCACCAUCAGAAUGACUCCAUUUAAGGCCCUUUAUGGAGUACCUCCUCCACUGCAUAUCUCUUAUUUUCCAGGAGAUUCAUCUAUUGCAGCUGUUGACAUUGAGUUAAGGAACCAUGAGGAUCAUAUCAGGUUGUUGAAGCAUUACUUGAACAGAGCAUGCCAUAGGAUGCAACAACAGGCUGAUAAGUAUAGGACUGAUUGUGAAUUUGCUAUUGGUGAUUUGGUUUUUUGUGAAAUUGCAUCCUUAUGCUCAACGUUCUGUGAAUAGGAGUGUCUUUCCCAAAUUUCAACAAAAGUAUUUUGGGCCCUUUCCAGUGAUUGAUCAAGUGGGGAAGGUUGCUUACAAGUUACAAUUACCUUCUGAUGCCCUCAUUCACAAUGUGUUUCAUGUCUCAUUACUGAAACAUGCUACUGCUUCAGUUGUGGCUUCUCAAUCUCUCCCUCCUAUAUCACAGUAUGCAGCUGUUCAACCACAGGCAAUCUUGGAUAGGCAUAUGGUCAAAAGAGGUAAUGCAGCUGCUACUCAGUUAUUGGUUCAUUGGCAGAAUUGCUCUCCUGCUGAUGCCACUUGAGAGUUUGUAGAUGAAUUGGCCUUGAGGUUUCCUUCUUUUUUGUUGACUACUAAUCCUUGAGGACAAGGAUUCUUAGGGAGAGAAGUAUUGAUAUGGAUCAACAGAAAGGAAGUGAGAAACGAAACGAAGUGAGAAACGGAGCGUUUUGAUAGCUUAAAUAAAGAAGGGCAAGGCUGGAAAAGGUGACGUCUUUAACAGAUGCAACUGCAUUCUCCACAGAUGCAACGGCCAAGGGAGCUGAGCUGGAAUUCUGUUAGAUUUGUUGACUUUCUCUAUUGUAUUAUUUAUAAAA